GGGUAUCGUAUCUAAUUGAUAUCAGUGGCGUAGCUGGUUGUGGUAGUUCUCUGGUUCCUGUUGCUAACCAAUUUUAAAUAAUAAAAACAUUAGAAAUAAAUAAAUAAUGGAAAACAUGUGUAGAACUUGCCUGAAAGUUUCUCCAAGACUAAGCAACAUAUUCGACGAUUCCAGCCUUCCCCUCAAAAUCGAAAGUAUAUCUUCAAUACAGGUGUCAAUUGGUGAUAAUUUACCGAACAAAGUGUGCGACAUGUGCACCAGAAACAUUCACCUACUCUACGAUUUCAGACGAAUAAUCAUUAAGAGCGACUUGCUGUUGAGGCAACGUAUCGAACAGGAAACGCCAAAAGAAGAACAGCUUCAAACAACGGAUAUCACUAUCAUCAAGAACGAAGUGGUAGCUAAUGACCAAUCAAAUACGGAACAUCGUUUAAAUUCCACCAGUAACUUUAAAUGCAGUACCUGUGAUUUUACCUGCGUUAAUUAUUUCCAAUGGAAAGAACACAAACGCACGCACAUUAAAUCUGUUAAAUCGAUAUGUAGCAUGUGCGGAAAGUGUAUACGUAAAGAUAAUAUGAGAAAGCAUAUCAUGACGCAUACAGAACCCCCAGUUCAGUGUCAAAUAUGUGGAAAAACGUGUAAAAAUACCGAAUCUUUAAGAGGACACUUACUUGCCCACAAAAAUAAUAAAUUACAGUGUACUACCUGCGGUAACGUAUAUCGACACCGUGCAGCUUAUGCUGCUCAUCUAAAGAGACAUUUACUGGGCGAUAAGAAGACCGUUGAGUGCAGCAUUUGCGCGAAGCUCUUCUACGAUCAUCGAACGUUGAAGAAACACAUCCGUAGCCACACGGGCGAAAGACCUUACCCCUGCCCCUACUGCAAGAAGGGGUUCUCGAGCAGUAACGCGAGAAAUACGCAUGUGCGGCAGCACACAAACGAGAAACCGUACGCGUGCGAGUUUUGUCCUUGCGCAUUUCCACAGAAAGUUUCUCUGAGGACGCACUUAAAGUCGAAACACGCCGAUAAGCUAGAGAGGCAGGAAGAGGCAAAACGGGAGGAGACGAAGACGGACGAUUCUGUAAAUGGCUCGUAAUUAGGAUAGUAGUGCGACAUGAAUUGUUUUUUUGAAUUCAAGGCUCUGUAACAGAUCAACACUGUAGAUGGGAAGCUACUCCCACACAAUUAUUUUAGUCAACACUAUUGUACGUAAUUUUGAAUCAGCAGAACAAUGUACAUAAUCAUGCUGUAUAUACUACUGUUAUUUAUAGAGGAUAGUGUAAUACUAGGUUUACUGUCCUGUUAUCUGUAGCCAAUAAACUCAUAAGUAGAUAAAAUGUAUUAAGACGCAA